AUGUCAGUUUUAGAAACAGAAUUACAAAUUAGUACCGACGAAGAAGGAUUAGAAAAUAAAGUAUCUAAUAAUCUCAAUGACGAUAAGUUAAAAAAAUUAAGAAUUGCGACUGAUUCAUUAGGUGGUCAUGCUGUUAUCGGAGAACUUUCAAAACCAUAUGAUAUCUUGACAAAUACCAUUAUGGAAUUAAUCAAAAAAAAUUACAAUUCAUUUGAGUUUGCACAAUACAGCAAAAAGAUUUAUCAAAAUUACUAUAAUAAUUUAUUAAGUCUAAUUGCAGCUUUAAAGAAAUCACAACAAUUAAUUACCGAUUUGUCAUUUCUUUGGAAUUUACAUAAAUUUAGAACUACUAACAUUAUUAAAAGACGUUUUGAAAGAGUCACAAAAGAAUUUGAUAAAGUUUUAUCAGACUUAAAGUUGGAGAAGCCUUUUGAUUUUGUAACACAAAAAAAGAAAGAUUUAAAAGCUGUAGAACAUGAUAUUUCAAUAAUUACUAAGUUUCUUGAAAGAGCUGAAGGAUCUAUAACAGUAUCAAAAUUUCUAGUUAACCCAAUUUUCGAAGAAACCAUAUUAGUCAAAGCACACUUGAAUGAAAAUAAUAAUACAAAUAAUUCAAAUGAAAUGAAAGUCAAAGAGAUUCCAUCUGAUGAAUUAAUAAAUAUAUACAAUCAAUUUGUGAGGAAAGAUCAAUAUGGUGGUGCUGGCAAUGUUAAAGUUAGAAAGUGGCUGUCAAGUGGUGGUGGCAGUGGUAUUGAAAAAAAGAAGAAAACAAAAAGUAUUCUAGUUGCAUGUAAAAGAUAUGAGCAACAGCCACAAAAAUUUUUUGAUAAUCUUAUUCUACUCCCCAAAUUAAAUAAUUGUCCAAAUAUUUUAAAAUUCUAUGCACUUUCGGUUGUUAAAGAUUGGAAUUAUCACAAUUCAACAAAUUCAAGUUUUAGAGAAGUAAUGGAUUUUGGAAAUGAUCCUAAUAUAAUAGAACGAUCAUAUUCUAAAUUGAUUAGAGCUGAUUUUGAUAUAUCAACCGUUGACAUAAAAGCUGCAGCGAUGUCCUGGAAUUCUUUUGCCAAUCCUAACAUAAAGGAUAGAGAUGAUGGUUUGGCAUCAACAUUAAAUUAUUAUAAUUAUUACCAAAGAAGUCCUUAUCAACAACGAUAUAAUUUGUACAAACAACCUCCUUAUUCACAAGAUUAUGUCAAUUGGAAGCAAAAUGUUACAUAUCAGGAUUAUUAUUAUGACUCAUGUUCAAUGCUUGAUCCAGUAUUAGAACAGAAUUACCCCACUAAUCCAAAACGUGUUGAUAAACAUGAUCGUGGUCAAAUCCUAUUAACAAUAAACGUGGAAUUCGAGGAUGGUCAUACUCAAGCAAUCUGUGUUCAUGUCAACGAUGAACCUGCUGAUUUGGCAAAAGAUUUUUGUGAUUUAUGGGGGGUAACAAACCCGGUGGUAGAACCCGCAUUUGAAGGUUUAAUUAAAGAGGAAAAAGAUAAAAGACUUGGUUCACUUUGA